AUGUGUUCACGGUUUUCGACUCGGAAAGGGUCAGACACGAGUUCCUCUCGGUCAUUGAUCACGCCACUACGUUUCAUUUGGUCUGCGAGCUCGAGGGGCACUCCGGUGAGGACUUCUGUAAUUAGACAGUUUACGCAGCUGUGGGGAAACGUGUUUGGAGCACCGGGCACUAUUUCUGCUGAUCUUGAGAGCGGUUUGCAGGUCGGUGUGUCCAAGUACGCAGAGUUCCAUGGGUGUCGUUUGAGGUCAUCGGCCGGACAGGCACAUUGGCAACAAGGGGUGAUUGAACGUCAUGGUUACUGGUACCAGGAGAUACUCCAGAGGGUCAUUGAUGAGAAGUCCAUCACAAAGGACGACAUGUACAUGGCUGUUCAAGCAGUCAACACGGCAAAGAAUGAACUUCGUCGUAGACACGGGUUUUCCCCAUCCCAGGCCGUCUUCGGCAAGGACCCUAAGUCACCUGAGGAACUGGAUUCGGGCGUCGACGAGGAGAGGUUCAUCGAGAUCAUGUCGGGAGACCAGCGCCGACAACGGGAAGUCGGUAUUCGGGCCUCGGCACGUAUGGCCUUUUUCAGGACGCAGAUCGAUUCCAAGUUCCGUAGAGGGAUGAUUCAGAGGGCACGUGUGAAGAGAGGUGGGUAUGCCGUUGGCGAGCUCGUGUGCUUUUACAGAACCGAGAAGAUCGCUACCAAACGCGGUCAGUGGCGAGGACCGGGAACUAUCAUCGGACAUGAGGGUGGUAAUUGGUGGGUCUCGUUCGGUGGGCGCUGUCAUCUCGUUGCCGAGGAACACCUAAGACCAGCGACCUCUGAAGAGCUGGGUGAGCUCUUCUCCACUCGUGUAGCCCGAGACGACCUUGAAAGGCUCCUAGAACUUGAUCCCGAUGACCCAGAAACCUUUGACCCGCCAGACUGCGAAAUGCAAGGAUUGGAUGAUCCAGCACAAGACAUGGAUUAUGAGCCGAGCUUACCAGGUGAAGGGAUAUUUGAUGAUGUGCCGGGGGAACCUGGUGAUGGACCUCGUGGUGCUAAACGUGAUGGCGAU